AUGGCGGGAGGCAGCACUAUCCUCGAGCUGAAGCACCAUGUCCUGAACGGCCGCCUGGCACAGGCGAAGAAGUUGAUAGCAGCGUCGCAGAUUUCACUGGAGGAUGUGGCCGACGAGGAUGGAAACACGCCUCUUCAUUGGUUGGCACAUGCGCUCCAAGCGACCCCAGAGGCCACAGACCAGGAGAUGUUGACCUUCCUCCUUCAGAACGCUGCCCCAAAGAAUCGCCAGAAUUCACUCGGUGAGACACCGCUGAUGUCGGCGGUCCGGAACUUCUUGCUGGACGAGAAGCGUGCGCAGGUUUUGAUCGAGGAUCUCCUCACGAAGGCGCACGUCGAUCCCGGUCGUUGCGAUCUGGUGUUCGAUGAACAAGCAGAGGCUUGUGGUGAGGGAACGAACAUCGGCCACUACGAGGUGACGAACAUUCCAGUUCUACGACAUGGUGCCUGCCUCCUCGAUCGCGCGAUCCAGAACUACCACAUCGAGUUUCGCAACAGAUCCAGACGGGCCUGCCUCCUCGAUCGCACGAUCCAGAACUACCACAUCGAGCUUCGCAAACAGAUCCGGGAUCAGACCAGCAUCCGGACUCUCUCCGAUCUGCAAUCGCGCACCAAGCCCGGCAAGCUCAACAAGAACUCCCACCACAUCACCAACCUCCUGCCCUACCGCAUCAAGCUACCAGAUUCGGAGUGGCCAAAGGCUUUGCCCCGACCUACGUGGCUGAGUAUGACCCCUGGCAUGAAGACGGCUAUAUCACCGCAGAGGAGAUUGGCUACCGACCUCUACCACUACCUCAACAACCUCACCAACAACAACAACCACAGGGAGCUCUACUACAUCCUCACCACCACCACCAUCUACCUCAACAACCGAUGGUCCUCCAGCCACCGGAAUACCACCGAGGACCUCAGGCACAACAGGUACAACGUCCCUCGCAACCACAACCACAACAAGCAGAUGCAGAUGAAGUCGAACCGCCACGAUGCUGGAUCGGACCGUGACCCUGCGCUCGACCUCCACUACGGCAGCUCAGCUCAAGCACCAGCAAAGGAUGCGCCCGAGGAGACAGCGGAAGCCAUGCAGCCACCUACUUUGACCUCCUCAGCCACACCCCCAGCGAGCCCUUCGGCAAGAUCCUCCAAUCCAACAACCAAGACAGACCGGGAGGACUACAUGGGGAGUCAUGACCCCAGGGCAACCAGCGACGACAACCAUGACAAAGCGAUCGCCAGGGGAAGCAAGGCAAAAGAAAGGAGGCAACCUGUGCUCCGGAAGUUCUCUGACAGCAACAAACUGCAACUGAAACUGGACGGGGUGAAGAACUAUCCCAUCUACCUGGACGAUAACAGACCAGACUCCCUGCAUUCUGACACCACGGACUACCUGGACAAGAUCCACAACAAUGCUCCCAGAGAUGCAACGACAGCUCCAGCGCGGGAUCCAGCUCUGACCCUCCAGCUCGGCAAGCCCUGGGCCAAACAGCCACGCCAAACGACAUCAUGGCACAAGAUUGACGAUGACACCAACAGGGCCAUGGAUCGGGAUGACAAAGAUCGAGCUCGCUUUUUCCCGGACAAUCAUUUUGGCUUGAGUGGAAAGGACAAGACCGACUCUGGGCCCGCAGACCGCGCUUCGAUGGAGACAUCCUACUGGGAGGCUUUUCUGAAAUCCCACCAGAGCACCCCCCGAGACCGCCAACACCUCCGGAACGACGAGAUCCUACAGGACAGCCAGGAAGAACGCGGCCCACACAGACCCAACCGCCGGCACAGCAGGGAGACCGUCAACGACAACCUCUACAUCCACAACCUCAACACAGAGAAGAUCCGACUACACGGCCAAGGUUUCCUGGACAAAACCCACGGCCCACACAACCACUGCCACAACAUCGACCUCACCCCACUUCCACAGGACGUGACCAUGCACCACGACGACCCGGGGAUGAUCCAGAACCUGAGCACAACAACUCCGGAGCCUCUUCUUCUACGGAUCCACACAUACUACCUCCUGCCGCCGGGCCGGAACAAAUCCUGGCCAACCUGCAGAAUAUUCUACAUGCUCUACUACAACAAAGCUUCCUACAACCGCGAGAGAACGUCACCACGCUGGCCUACAAAGCCUGUGCCAGAGUACAUGAACUACAAAGGGCAUCGGCUGCUGACCGAGAGCUGGGCAGCACUGUGUUGGCAGACAUCAUACCGCAUCCAGGACAUUAUUCAGCAGAUGAGAAAAGACCUCAAAUCUGGGGAUGGCCCACAUCAAGCAGCUGCACUGGAUGCCCUGGCUGGAACCAAAAACGCUGCCUCACAGGCCGUCUUCUUGGAUUUGGCAAUUGAGGAACGAGGCCUUGCGACAAUCCUCGACGCCAUCAAUGCCUUGCUGGCGACCGUUGACCGCACUGCCGUCUACUACGAUAGAUACCUUGACUUCAAGGACAACCUGAACGACCUCGGGGAGAUCCCCGCCUGCGUGCCGAAGGACAAGAGGACGCCACGCCAUACCAAAGUCCUACCUUUCCUAGUCCAGGCUGAGGCAGCUUUGGUGGCCGAAGCGCACGGAUUGUUGUUCUCAUGGACUACGUCUAUCUGGGGUCACCCCAUUUACCUAGUCGACGGGGGCACGGAGAACAACGAAAGCCCUGAUACAGCUACGAUGCCAGGGGGAGCACCCCAAGGACCAACAGAAGAGACGGGAUCUCCUUCCGACGCGCCUACGCAGAUUUUCAGGUCCCGCAGCCCGAGGCCGAGGGAACGACCGAUGCCGCUGGCUAGAGCAUCAUCGCAUCGUAGACGGCGCAUGCACGCCGCCUUCUACGGCACACCAGAAGGGGAUGAUGAGCAGGAGGAGGAAGACUCCUGA